AUGUCACUGCUGGAGAACACUGUCCGACCUGACCAGAUUAAUUCGGCCGAUUUUGACGCUAUCUACUUUACUGGUGGGCAUGGCGUUAUGUACGACUUCCCGGAUAAUGAGGGCCUACAGCGAAUUACCAGGGAGAUUUUCGAACGGGGCGGUGUCGUAUCCUCUGUUUGCCAUGGCUACUGCGGCCUCCUGAACACAAAGCUCUCAGAUGGGUCAUACCUGGUCGCCGGGCGUAAUAUGACCGGGUUCACCUGGAGGGAGGAAGUACUUACUCGUGUGAACAAACUUGUGCCCUACAACGCUGAAGGAGGGCUUAAGAAGCGUGGCGCGCUCUAUAAAAUGGCGAAGCUGCCUUUUGUGUCUUACACGGUGGUGGACACCAAUCUAGUGACUGGACAGAAUCCGGGGUCAGCAAAAGAGACCGGGAAGAAGGUAGUCACCGCUCUCGCCCAGUCAUGA